AUGUCGAAAGAGAAGAAAUCAUUAAAGUCAGUGACUGAACAGAUCACAUUCACCUUCUCACAAUUGACGUUAGAUAAUGUUCCUUUCUGCCAUAAAACUCUCUCAAUCAAAAUGCAUUUUUCAAUGAACAAUUUUGCAACAGAUCCAACACCAGUAGAUAAUUUUAUUGUCCAAUGGUCAAAAGUUAUAGAACUUACACGUCCAAUUACAAAAGAUACUUUGGGCCAUUUAACAUCAUCAAUUAUUGACGUUUAUGUAUAUACUCAUACAGUUAAAGGAAGUGGAAAGGAAGAGAUAGCAACCGGCAAAUUCGAUUUAUCAAAUUUAGUACGCACUGGCGCAAAAACAUUCGAUUUACCACUUACAAGCUCAGUAUUAGAAAGCAGCUUACAUUUUAAUGUUGACAUCAAGGGUGGAAAGGAUUUCUUCGAUAAACAAUUUGAUCUCCAAAAUCAAGAAUUAGCUCCCUUACCUAAAAUUAUUGUUUCUUCUAAGAAGAGUUGGUUUGUUUUCCAUCAUAAUCAAGAUACAAUUGAGUCAGAUGCUAUUCAUUUAGCUGAUGUUUCAAUGAAUCAAGCUCAAUCCGGAAAAACGGAACAAUAG